AGAACGAGAUAGCAGGUGGGCGCUAUCGCGAAUUCUCAAUUUGAUUCUAAAUAUAAAUAAGUACAAUCCUCUACACGCGGGGUGUUACGUGACAUUACCGCGAGAAAUAAUGAUGAAGCGUGCAGUAGUGAACGUUAAUUCAAAGGACCAUGCAUGCUUCGCGUGGUCAGUGGUCGCCGCUCUACAUCCUGCUGAAAGAAACACAGGAUUGGAAUCGUCAUAUCCACAUUAUACAACAGUCCUAAAGUUUGAUGACAUUGCGUUUCCCGUUACAGUAAAGGACAUUGGAAAAUUUGAUAGUCUUAACAAUAUAUCGAUCAACGUCUACGGGAUGAAAAAGGAAAUGGCAAUGCUAAAGAUUCUUCCGCUGCGGCUCUCCAAUGACAAGAAAGAGAAGCAUGUCAAUUUAUUAUACGUGCAAAAUCCGCACGAAGACAGCGUGGGCCACUUUGUGUGGAUAAAAAAUCUGUCCCGCCUCAUCAGCUCCCAGCUGAGUAAAAAGGAGCACAAGAAAUACAUUUGUGAUCGGUAUGUAUACUAUAUUCUUAUGUAAAAAAAAUAGUUUUAUGAUCUAGCAAAAUAAAUAAUUAAAAUUUUUUAAAAUUAUUUUUACAGGUGCUUGCACUAUUUUUCAUCAUGCGAAAGGUUGCAAUCACACGCUGUAGACUGUCAGAGGAUGCACGACUGCGCUAUCACAUUGCCUGCCGAAGACGACAAAUGGUUGAAUUUCCGGAAUAUAAACCACAAGGAACGAGUGCCGUUUAUCGUCUACGCGGACCUCGAGUGUGUGUUGCGGAAGACGCAACAUGAUACAGAGCAAGCGUCGUGCACAUAUCAACAACAUGAGGUAUUCAGCAUCGGGUAUUACGUGCGAUGCUCAUACGACGACACGUUAUCCACGUACCGGUUUCGUCGCGAUAAAGAUUGCGUCGCGUGGUUCACUAAACAACUUGAAGAAUUAGCGUAUAAUGUUAAGACUCGUUUAUCAACUAAUAUCCCCAUGGAAACGUUAUCGGUGGAACAAUUGGAGGCAUACCAUAGCGCGACGCGGUGUCAUAUCUGCGAUAAGCCAUUCGCGUCGGAUGAUACGCGGGUGCGCGAUCAUUGUCAUUUGACUGGUCGUUACCGCGGUCCUGCACAUUCUCUCUGUAAUUUAAAUUAUCGAAAUGCAUCAUACAUGCCAAUUAUUUUUCAUAACUUAUCUGGAUACGAUUCGCAUUUCAUUAUUAAAAAAAUAGCCACAGCGUUCAAAGGGAAGACCGACGUACUUCCCAUCACGAAAGAAAAGUAUAUUUCUUUUACAAAACAUGUCGUAGACACAGCCGAUAAAUUAGAUCCACACAAUUACAUAAAACUACGGUUCAUAGAUUCAUAUAAAUUUUUAAAUACUAGUCUCGAAAAAUUGGCAUCAUUUCUAGGCAAAGAAAAAUUAAAAAUUGUACGUUCCGAAUUUUUACACUUAUCUAACGAGGAUUUUGAUUUAUUGACACGAAAAGGUGUAUUUCCGUAUGAGUACGUUGACUGCGUGAACAAGCUGCAGGACACGUGUUUACCGCCGCGCGAAUUAUUUUUCAGUUCCCUGACCUCUGAUACUGUAUCCGAGAGCGAUUACAUGCACGCUGAGAAUGUCUGGAAGCGAUUCUCCGUUCAAACGUUGGGUGAAUACAGCGAUCUAUAUUUGAAAACGGAUGUGUUAUUGUUAGCUGACAUUUUUGAAAAUUUUCGCGAUAAAUGCUUAGAAAGUUACGGUCUCGAUCCAGCACAUUAUUACAUUCUCUCCGGAUACACGUGGGACGCUAUGUUAAAAUAUACAAAAAUUACUUUCGAACUGCUUACUGACAUUGACAUGGUAAUGUUCAUCGAACGCGGUAUACGCGGCGGUCUCAGUCAAUGUUCAGGCAGAUAUGCACAGGCUAACAACAAAUACAUGCAGACGUACGACCCAUUGAAACCAUCCUCAUAUCUUAUGUAUUUUGACGUUAAUAAUUUUUAUGGUUGGGCGAUGUGUCAACCGCUGCCAUAUGGGGAAUUUCAAUGGAUCGAAGUCUCGAAUUUUAACAUAAAUGCGAUCGCUGUUAAUUCACCAACGGGAUACAUUCUCGAAGUUGAUCUUGAGUAUCCCCGAGACCUUCACGACGAGCACGCUGACCUACCUUUUUGCCCAACACGCGAUAAACCGCCAGGCAAGUGUGAAUGUAAACUUCUCGCUACGCUGUAUGAUAAGGAACGUUACGUCAUACAUUACCGCAACCUGCAGCAGUGCAUGCGUCACGGUCUUCGUAUAGCAAAGAUACACCGUAUAUUACAAUUCGCACAAUCUCCAUGGCUCUGUAAAUACAUAGAGUUAAAUACACGAUUCCGGACACUCGCCAAAAAUGAUUUCGAAAAAAACUUGUAUAAAUUAAUGAAUAAUGCGGUGUUUGGUAAAAUCAUGGAGAAUGUGCGCAAUCAUGUUGACGUUAAGUUGUUGACAAAAUGGGUGGGGCGGUAUGGUGCGGAGACAAUGAUCGCGAAACCAAAUUUUCAUAGUCGAAGUGUUUUUGCAGAAAAUUUAAUCGCCGUUGAACUUAGAAAACUCGAGGUGAAAUUAUAUAAGCCGAUUUACGUAGGCAUGUGUAUCCUAGAUAUUUCUAAGACGUGUCUAUAUGAAUUUCACCACGAGUACAUGCUACCUCUGUAUCGUGACAAAUGUAGAGUCAUGUAUACCGACACCGACAGUCUCAUAUACCUCGUCGAGUGCGAGGAUAUUUACGAGACGAUGAAACGUGAUAUUGCUAGGUUCGACACGAGCGAUUAUCCGGUCGACAACGCGUACGGUAUGCCUCUCGAGAAUAAAAAAGUUCCGGGCUUGAUGAAAGAUGAGAAUAAUGGCGUGAUAAUGACUGAGUUCGUUGGACUUAGCAAAGAUGUAUGUGUUAAAGGUAGAUGGAAAGAAGGACACUAAAAAAGCGAAAGGUGUCAAGAAUAAUGUAGUAACGCGAACCAUAACAUUUGAUGAUUAUACCCAGAGUUUGAGAGAUGAGAUCGAGAUGACGCGUAGCCAAUCAUGUAUAAGAUCCAAGCUACAUAAAGUAUAUACGGUGUCCGAAA